UCGUUUCCAACAAUUUUACAAAAUUGUACCUAUCUUUAGUGCUUUGAGUUGUAGCUUCUGUGUAUACAUCCAUACUUUUCAUUUCCAGUAUGUCUGAGGAACAUCAGCAUCAUCUUUUUCACCACAAGAAAGAUGAGGAGUUGAGCGGCGAUGCAGAUAACAGUGCUUAUGUAGAGCAGACGCCUGGUGAAUAUGGGGGUGAAGACAAGUAUGAAAAGGCGAGAAAGGAGGAAAAACACCACAAGCAUCUGGAGGAAGAAGGUGAACUUGGAACCGCCGCCGCUGGAGGAUAUGCGAUGUAUGAGAAGCACGAAACAAAGAAAGAUCCAGAGAAUGCUCACAGGCACAAGAUAGAGGAGGAGCUCGCUGCAGCCGCUGCUGUGGGCGGUGGUGGAUCUGUAUUCCAUGAACACCAUGACAAGAAGGAAGACAAGAAAGAAGAAGAGGAAGCCCAUGGCAAGAAGCAUCACCAUCUCUUUUGAUAUUCCAGUUCUAACAAUAAAUCUAUUACAGAAAAUAGAUAUUUAUAUAUAUAUAUAAAUAUAUAUAAGUGUAUAUAAGUGUGGUGCUGUAUUGGAGAUAUUAUUAAGCCAGCAUUGUAUGAAGUUCUUACCAUAAAUCUACUACAGAGAUAUUUGUUUAUAUAUAUAUAUAUAUACAUAUAUUAUUAAGUGUUGUGCGUGUUGUGCUGUAUUGGAGAUAUUAUUAAGGCAGCAUUAUUGUGAAGUUCUUGCCAAAUGCUGACUGUGCUGAAGAAGUUAUAGACAAAGGCAAAGCAACUCAAAUAAUUAGAUUAAUUAUUAAUUCAAAAUGAGUUGAAAGA